CUGAAAACAAGAUUAAGAACCUCUCUGGGAUUCAAGAGUAAUUUCAAAAACUACCUUCAGCAGAAGACCAGAACCACUGCAUUGCAAAAGAAAAUUGAAUGUUUUUUUAACAGAGAUGAUGUUAGCCGCACCACUGCAGGCAAAAAAGAAUACAGAACCUUCAAAAAAGUUACACGCCAAAAGAGAUAUUUGCUAGACAAACUAAUCGUACUUCAUAGAAAGUUUAUCGCAGAAGAGGCCCAAAUAAGUUUCAGUACUUUCAAAAAGUACCGCCCGUUUUACGUACUUUCUCCAAAAAUCAAGGAUUGCGAGAGUUGCGCGUGCAAAAAACAUUCUAAUAUGCAAUUCCUGGUUGAUGAACUAAAAUCCCUUAAAAUACUUAAAACUGACAAUCUGAAUGAGGUUACAACUGAUUUAGUAUGCGAUUUUUACUCAAAAGAUUGCAUGUAUAAUAAUUGUAAUGCGUGUUCAGAAAUUAAAUUAAAAGUUGAUAACGAAGCACUGUCGGCUAAAGUAAGCUGGUUUACUUGGGUUUUAAAAAACCAUGAAUAUGAAAAGAAAAGAGAAAAGAAGAAAAUUAAAAAGAUUACAAAAAUUAAGAAAGAGGGUACUUUACAAAACUUACUUGAGAUAUUUAGUGCGGAAAUGAAACAAUUUAAAAUACAUAUUUUUAAUUUUUAUCACCAAUAUAAAAAAUACAAAGAUUGCAUUAAUAAUUUAGAAAGUUAUGAAGCAUGUAUCCAUAUAGAUUUCUCUGAAAAUUUCACCUGCAAAUACCAUAAAGAAAUACAGGCAAUGCAUUUCAUAAAAGAACAGAUUACCCUUCAUACGGGAGUUAUUUACAUUAAAGGAGAGAAGAAACCUAUUUCUUUCUGUUCUAUAUCCGCCGAUAACCAACACAAUCCAGAGGCAAUAUGGGCCCACCUCGAUCCCGUUUUACAACACAUAAAGAGUAACUAUCCAAACAUCUUUAACAUUCACUUUUUCUCUGAUGGCCCAACGACCCAGUAUAGACAGAAAAAAAACUUUUACUUAUUCAGUGAUAAAGUCUUUAAAUAUGGGUUUACUUAUUAUACUUGGUCGUUUUUUGAGGCCGCCCAUGGAAAAGGUGCCCCUGAUGGUAUCGGAGGCGCCAUCAAACGAACUCUAGAUGCCAAAAUCGCUCAGGGGAAAGACAUCCCAAACGCAGAAACAGCAUUUGAUGUUUUGAAAUCGGAGGACACAGCUAUCAAAUUAUUUUAUAUUCCUUCUCUCAACAUCAAGCCUUUACACACAAAGCUAAGUCCUUUGCCGCAAACAAUGAAAAUUCAUCAGCUGAUAACAAUAGAAAAGCUGAAACUCAAAUACAGAGAUCUCAGCUGUUUCUGUGGGGAUCCUAGAGGCAACUGUAAAUGUCACUCACCUGUAUCUCAUAGCUUUUUGUCCACUAUUUACGCAAAUGAACAACAAAAAAAAUGUGAAAAGAAAAAGGAAGAAAAAAAUUCAAAGAAUAACAAUAAAACUAGACGAAGGUGUAUCAGUUCAUCAACCGAAGAAGACGAAUAUGAUGAUAGUAUUGAGUAUGCGGAAAGCGAUGCCUCGGUGUUUUUUUCGGAUGAGUCAAUAAGUCCAGAUUUUAACGAUGAUGAAACCAAACUAAUCACAGAACUUGACGAAAAAACAGGUGUUCUGAGGCCAAAAAUUGAUCCAAACAAAAAAGUCACUCUGCUAUCCACAAUAAUUUUAAAGAAACCUAAUGCUGAAAAUAAUCCUAAACACGAAAGGAAAAGAAAAAUAAUUUGUGAAAAUGAAGAUUUAAUCCAUAAAAAAAUUUGCGAAACUACGCGACAUGUUACUGGGAAAGAUGAUGUUACAAUUUUGUCACAAAUUAGAAAAAAACCGGAAAAUACUGCGAGUUAUGAUUUAAGAGAGAGCUAUUUAUUUGGAAAAGAAGACCCGAUAAAGGAAAUAAGAAGUAAUGACAGUAACAAUAUUAAUACUGAUAAAAGAAAAAUAGACCAGAACAGGGAAAACAAAAACGAUACCAAAGAAGAAAAACACAAAAUUGAGAUUGAAUGUACUAAGAAAGAUGAAAGCAAGGAAAUUCUAAAUGUUACCGGAGAAGAAGGGAGAAAAGAAGCUGAUGAAAAUAAAGAAAAUUAUACAAUUGAGACUGAAUAUAAUAAACAACUUGAAAGUAUGAGAGGCCAAAAUAAUACUGGUAAAGUUUUACAAGACGCAGAUAUAUAUGAACAAAUAGAGAAAACAGAUUUAGAUAAAAUAAACAAAUCUGAGAAUUUAAAAGAAGAUGAAAGAUUUGUUGAGAAUAUAGAAUUUAAGAACGAAGAAAAUUAUUAUAAGGUAAAGUUUUUGAAAACCGUCAAGGAUUUUUCAGAUACGGUGAAGUUUGUAGUCCAAAGAAAAUUAGAUAUUGAUAUAGUGACCAAUAUUUCUAUCGUCAAAAAGGUAAAUUUGAUUCAACGGGAGAAAGCCUCUAAAGAAUAUUACCUGAGUACCGAUAUUGAUUUGGUUUAUUUUAAUUGUUGA